AAUUUGGAUCGAAAUCCUUCAAAAUUACGAUUAACUUUAGCUGGUAAACCUAUUCCUUUGGGCCAAAAUGUCCCCAUGUCUUUGGGCAAUGUAAUUUGGCGCGAGAUUUCUCCUUCCACAGUAUGCGAGUGGGUAGCCUGUCAUUGCGUCAACUUCCCAAACGUCCAAACGCGAGCCUUCCGUGCCCAUCUGCCGCCAAAGCUCGCGUCCUCUCAGGCUCAAUGCACAAGCUCUUCCCAACAAGUCGUCGGCAUCUGAAAAAUCACUUCCCCAACCUCAGAUUCGUCGUUACCUCCGCUCGUUCCCGCCAGUACACCGAUGCCCCGAACCCCGACUCCGAGCUCGACUUCUCUGGCAACAACGAUGUGCUUGGGGAGAUCGAGUCUUCGAAACCAAUCAACCCAUUUCCCCGAUUCGCUCCGGGGAUGGAGAAUAACUUCCAUAGGACGGGGCACUCUGAGUCGGCGGCGGCUCAGAUAUCGCAUCCGUGGCCCGAGUGGGUGGAUUUGAUGGUGCUUCUGUUGAAGGGAGGCUACUUUGAUGCGGAGGGCAACCCGUUCCAGAAUGUGGAGUUGGGUCCGAAAGAUUCGAAUCUCAUUAGAACCGCAUGCCUGAAUUUCGCCCGCGACAGAUACGACGUUAUGAGGUAUUUGUCAAAGAAACAUAUUCAGGUCAUAGCAGAGUGUGGAUGCCCCAGCACAGACAGAAAAGUGGUGAACUCUGGUAAGCGCUUGAGGGCACAUGUGGGCAUCGAUGAGGGAAAUGUUUGCAGCUCCUGCAACUUGAGGGGAAACUGUGAGAGAGCAUUUGUGAAGGCGUGUGAAGAUGAAGGAGGGCGCACAGUUGAUGUUAUGCGAAUCUUGUUGACAUACGGACUUGACCCCAUAAGCGAUACUGUGGAGAAUAAACCAUGUCUGACUAGAACAGUUAAGGAAUCAGUCAGAGCACUGCUAAAGCAAAUGGCAGAGUAUGGCACCGAUGUACUUGGCUCUGAUUCGUUGAAAUCCACCCCAGCUGGUGAUUUAUCCUUGCAUUCAAGUUCGGAAGAGAAAGGCUACAAAGAUGUUCCAAUGAAACAAGGAGAUUGGCAUUGCCCCAAGUGCAACUUCUUAAACUUUGCUAAGAACAUCAAAUGCUUGCGAUGCGAUACUUUUUCUCAGGAAAGAUUGAAUCAACUGCAGGAAGACCAAGAUCAUCUUCCGCUAAAGAAAGGAGACUGGAUAUGUGACAAAUGCAAUUUCUUAAAUUUUGCAAAGAAUACUAGAUGUUUACGGUGCAAAGAGAAACCCCCGGAAAGGCUACUCAAUCCUGGGGAGUGGGAAUGUGAAUCGUGCAAUUACAUCAACUUUAGAAGGAAUACGGUAUGCUUGAAGUGUGAUUAUAGAAGGCCUAAAGCAUCAAAUUCAAAGGGCUUGUCUCAACGAGAUUAUGAUUCUGGAAAUCACAAUCAAGGUCAUGGAGCCGUUGAAGAUAGAAAUUCUAUGUGGUCUCUGAGGAGAAAUAGUCAAAUGCGAGUCACAAAUAGGUGGAGAUUUGUGGAUGGAGAGAAUGGGGUCACUGAGAAACCAAAGUUAACAAACUCAUCGAAAGAGGUUUCUGGAAUUCUUGAUUUUCCAAUUGCAGGAGGCAUGAGCGAUGUGUCUCGUGACACAGAAAAGAGGGAAAUGUGGAAAAUGAAGAUGCUGGAAAGAAGCAGAAUGACUGCAGAGGAAAAGGCAAAUCCAGACGAGCCACGCUCAUCCAGAAUUUAUAGGAAGUCCGAAUCACCAGACUUUGAGGACGAUGAAGAAAUGGCUGAAUGGUUUGGCAGUGGGAAGACGUGAGUAUAGAUGCCUGUACAUGUAUUUGGCAAGAAUCAAAUUCAUUUGUUUCGUUGCCUCUAUAGGUUUUCCAGGAUACUGCCUUCUAUUUUCCAGUGGACAGUAAAAUAUUCAUCUCGUGCAAUCUUGCUGUUGAGUUCCCAUGUCU